AUGGGUGAGGUUUCCUGAGAGGGCUGCUUUGGAUCUAGUUGGGAUCAGAGUUGAGUGAGUCUCUCUGUAGGCUGUGCAGACCUAGGCAUGGGAGGAACACGGCCCGAGAGGAGCCUGAUUUAUUGAGUUUCUGGAAGGUUUCUGUACCGUGUGUGUGCCGCGUUCACUGGGAGAUGUGGACCUGAGAGGUGACCCAGGGCCGGGCGGUGAGGCUUGAGACAGAGGCUCUCAGGAGGCCUGUUCCUGACUGAUUACUCCACCUGCUCGCCCCGCAAGCUCAGCCCCUUUCGCUCCUUUGCCAGUACGGAGCUCUUCCACUUCCACGUUCCCGAGGACACAUUCCUGGCUGUUUGGAACCUCAUCAUCUUCAAGGAGCAGGGAGGAACCUUUGGGGACCACUGCCCAGACCAAAGCGUGACUGUGUAUUUCCGCUCUGGAGCACCUCCCGUCAUCAAUCCGCUGCACACACACUUCCCAGCAGACACGGCUGUACCUGGGGUUUUCUCACUGACCCUCAGCUGGACACUGCCCAACAGAACCUCAGGCAUCUUCAACGUUAGCAGCCCCUUACCUGGGGACUGGUUCUUGGCCGCCCAUCUUCCCCAAGCCCAUGGCCACAUCUCUGUCAAGGGUCUCCAGGAUGAAUGUCAGUACCUCCUUCAGCCACAACUGAUUGUCCGACGGCUGCUGGAUGUGGCUGUACUGGCUCCUGGCCGUCCCUCAGAGCAAACCCUUUCCUCCCGUAAUCGUUCGGCCUUGUACAAGGUCUUUGUGCCAAGCUUCACCUACAGGGUUUCAGCCCAGCUGGUGUGUGUAGGGGGUCGAGGGGCAUCAGUCUGUCCCCUGACACUGCGCCUACGUCCCAAGGCUCCACCCCUACACAACUCAAGCUCUGUGGCCUGUGGAGGUGCCUCAGUAUGUCAGCUGGAGUUGGCCUUGCCCCCCUGGGGCCACUGGGUCUAUGUGCGUGUGGAGACGCCAUCCCGUGGUCCUGGCAGGACUAUCAGCUUCCAGCUCUGUGUGCGGUUACAAGAGUGUCCACAACCCAGCCUGUCCCGUGCCUUGGUCCCUGGGGCUGCCAUGAACAUGCCCCAGUCACUGGGCACCCAGCCACUGCCCCCGGAGCCACCAUCCCUGGGGACUCCUGUAGAAGGGUCUGGAGCUGUAGCGCCCACUGAGCACUGCUGGCCAGUGCGUCCGACUCUGCGCAAUGAGCUGGAUACCUUCUCUGUCCACUUCUACAUCUUUUUCGGUCCCAGCGUGGCCCUUCCACCUGAGCGCCCAGCUGUGUUUGCCCUGAGGCUGUUGCCGGUGCUGGACAGCGGGGGCGUCCUUAGCCUGGAGCUCCAGCUCAACGUGAGCUCUCUGCGCCAGGAAAAUGUAACAGUAUUCGGAUGCCUGACUCAUGAGGUGCCCUUGAGCCUGGGGGAUGCUGCUGUGACCUGUUCCAAAGAGUCCCUGGCAGGCUUCCUUCUCUCGGUCAGUGCCACCUCCAGAGUGGCCAGGCUGCGAAUCCCAUUCCCACAGACGGGGACCUGGUUCCUGACCCUCCGUUCUCUGUGCGGGGUGGGACCUCGGUUUGUGCGGUGCCGCAAUGCAACGGCAGAAGUGCGGCUGCGUACCUUCUUGUCCCCAUGUGUGGAUGACUGUGGGCCCUAUGGCCAGUGCAAACUGCUGCGUACCCACAACUACCUGUACGCGGCCUGCGAGUGCAAGGCUGGGUGGCGAGGCUGGGGUUGCACAGACAGUGCCGACGCGCUCACCUAUGGAUUCCAGCUGCUGUCCACACUCCUCCUCUGCCUGAGCAACCUCAUGUUUUUGCCACCUGUGGUCCUGGCCAUUCGGAGCCGAUACGUGCUGGAAGCUGCCGUCUACACCUUCACCAUGUUCUUCUCCACGUUCUAUCAUGCCUGUGACCAGCCAGGCAUUGUGGUUUUCUGUAUCAUGGACUAUGAUGUACUUCAGUUCUGUGAUUUCCUGGGCUCCUUAAUGUCUGUGUGGGUCACCGUCAUCGCCAUGGCUCGUCUGCAGCCUGUGAUCAAGCAGGUGCUGUACCUGCUCGGGGCUAUGCUGCUGUCCAUGGCUCUGCAGCUUGACCGGCAUGGACUCUGGAAUCUGCUGGGACCCAGUCUCUUUGCCCUCGGGAUCUUGGCCACAGCUUGGACAGUUCGCAGCGUCCGGCGCCGGCACUGUUACCCACCGACAUGGCGCCGCUGGCUUUUCUACCUGUGUCCAGGCAGCCUGAUUGCUGGCAGUGCCGUUGUACUGUAUGCUUUCGUGGAGACCAGGGACAACUACUUCUACAUCCACAGCAUCUGGCACAUGCUCAUUGCUGGCAGUGUGGGCUUCCUGCUGCCUCCCCGUGCCAAGACUGACCGCCGGGUCCCUUCUGGAGCCCGGGCCAGGGGCUGCGGUUACCAGCUGUGCAUCAACGAACAGGAGGAGCUGGGCCUUGUGGGCCCAGGAGGGACCACUGUCAGCAGCAUCUGUGCCAGCUGAGAGGGGCUUUGGGCCAAGCUCUAAGGUCAGAACCCUGCCUAGGGUUCCUCCUGGGGCUGUGGAGCCCACCUAGGUACAAGGGACAAGUUGUGUUUCUUAAUGACACAGUCUUUCUCAAGGAUGACUGUUUUCAGGGAGCAGGAGGCUUUCCUAAGACAUGGAGAAUUUCUUAAGAGCCUAGAGUCCUCCUGUGCUUACGGAGUCCUUCUUAAGGAUGAGCUAUGCAGGACACUGCGCCCCUGAGGACCAGGGAAUCCCUAGGGGUGUGGAGCCCUUCCCAGGAAUAGGGAACCCUCCUACAGACGAGAGAUACUUCCCAAGGAGACAAAAUGUCAUCAGUACAGAGGGAAAAGGGGUCGAUCCUGGAGAAACAAGUCGCCGGAUUUUUCUAGUGACUUAGCAGUGCUGGGCAGAAGGGCUACAGGAGAGAGAGAGAGGGAGAGAGAGAGCGAGCUGGAACUGCUAGGCAGCUGGCGUCCUCAUGUGGUACACGGAGCCUGCUAUGUCUCCAGUGAAGUGUAUACUGAGUCUGUGCUGCCUUUUUUCCCUUGUUGGGGGUCAGGGUGUGGGAAAAUGGGGCGAGAGGGACACUGAAGAAAUCCUGAGAGUGGCAGGGACCUUCCUGGAGAAGAUGCUGGAAGCUACUGUCUGGUUUCUGCCCUGUGGCUUAUACACCAGCAUCCCUCUCAUCUGGUCCCUGUGUUUAAUUCCAAAUACUCCCCAGCGCCCAUUUCCCAAUUGCUAUGGAUCCUAGUCUGGAGUAGUGAAGAGGGGUGUGUGCAUCCGUGUGUGCGUGUGCUUGCUGUGAAUAUACAGAGAUGAAUUAGUGAGACAGACUUCCCCCAUGACGCCUACACCCACAGAGAAGGAAGCUGAAGUGCCAGGAAAUUAGAGUAACAGGUACAAAUUUCAGACAUAGAAGGCACCACAAGAAUGGAACUAUUUUAAGCUUCCAUUUUUUUCUUGCAUGCCAGAAAUAAUCGUAUAAAUUGACAUUUUUUUUCUUUGUGUGUGUGUGUGUGUGUGUGUGUGUGUGUGUGAGAGAGAGAGAGAGAGAGAGAGAGAGAGAGAGAGAGAGAGAGAGAGAGAGAUUGAGGAAAGAGAGAGAGGCUCUCACUAUGUAUAUAGUUUGUUCUGGCUCAGAUCUCGUGAUCCUCUGGGUCCUGGAGUUACAGACAUGGAUGCCAUACCUGGCAGCUGGACUUGUUCUUUCCCCAUGGGGUCAUAGCUGAGUUUGGAGGGUCUUGUCUUACACUGAGAUACGAGAACAUUCUUUCUGGUCCCCAGUAUCCAUACUUUAUCAUCUUACGAGAGUUCAGUCACCCCAGCUGGCUCCCAGUCUGCAGUCAGACAGGCUGCUAAAUGCUGAGAGGUUUCUUGUUCUGUCUGCUUAGCCCCGAGUUCCUGCACCCCAGGUCUGUGCCACAUGGAUGUUCUUGAGUGGCUACCCAGACACAGCAUGAAGCCGCUUUUCUUCUGGAGUCCUGUGCUAGGUUUUACUUGAUAAGGCAAAAGAUGAGUUGUUUUUUCUUUUAAGCUCCGUAGAUGGAGCCAGGGGCUCUGCUCCUGUCUCUUUAGCAACCUGGGGCAGUGCUCACACCUCCUCCCCUCCCCCCUCCCACCUGUCAGACUGGAGAAGGAGCCAGCCUCACAUUUCCCCCAAUUCUUCUCUCUGUGCCUUAAGUCCUUUCUACUCUCUUCACAACCCAGGCCUUUGAAGCCCAAAGCCUAGAAAAUACCAUUUUAUUCUUUACUCUCUGUAAUAAAAUCUCUUCCCCAGGCACUGAGUACUGAAUAAAGUAGCUGACUGAUUGGCCAGGAGUGAGGGUAUACAGGCUGCGUGUCUCUUCCUGUAUUAAAAGUGCUAUUCUUGGGCCAGGUAUGGUGGUGCAUGCCUUUAACCCCAGCAUUCUGGGGCUAGGAGCUGGUGAGUUAACAUGAGUGAGAGCCAGCCAAGGUUACAUCGACCCUCUCUUAAAGAAAAAUAAAGUAAAAGAAAAUAAAAUGGCUGAAGAAAUGGCUCAGCAAUUACGAGCAUGCAUUGCUGUUCCAGAGGACCCAAGUUCAAUUCCCUGUAUCCAGUUACCAGCUAAGAUGCCUGUAACCACAGCUCCAGGGGAUACACUACCUCUGGGCUCCAUGGGUACCUCUCCACACAAGUGGCGUACACUCACACAGACACAAACA